CAUUAUACAAACCCAUUGAACGUCUCAGAAAAACCCUCCUUUCUUCUCCCCAGAAAAUCUCUUAAACCCUACUACCAUAGAAAAUCUCUUAAACGACUUCUAAGCCAUGCAUAGAAGGAACAUUAGGUUGCGAAGAGAGUAUCUUUACAGGAAAAGCUUAGAAGGGAAAGAGCGUUUGCUCUAUGAGAAGAAACGCAAAAUCAAAGAAGCUUUGGAGGAGGGAAAACCCAUUCCAACUGAGCUCAGGAAUGAAGAGGCUGCUCUUCGCAAAGAAAUCGACCUUGAAGAUGAAAAUACUGCUGUACCUCGAUCAACUAUUGAUGAUGAAUAUGCUAAUGCAACUGANUUAACUAGUGAUGGCUUUGGGAGCAUUAUAUCCUGUUUUAUACACUUAUUAUGUGCUUUCAUUUUAGUCUCUUUUUUCCCCUUUUUUCAGGUUAUAUCAGAAAUAAUUGAAACCUGCCGAGCUCAUGAUUUUACAGAUGUAAUUUUGGUCCAUGAGCAUCGUGGUGUGCCUGAUGGUAUUAUCAUUAGCCAUCUGCCAUUUGGUCCAACUGCUUACUUUGGAUUGCUCAAUGUGGUCACGAGACAUGACAUAAAGGACAAAAAAUCUAUUGGAACCAUGCCUGAGGCGUACCCACAUCUGAUUUUUGACAAAUUUUCAACAAAGCUUGGUGAGAGGACAGUUAACAUCCUAAAGCAUUUGUUUCCAGUGCCCAAGCCUGAUACAAAACGUAUUAUCACAUUUGCUAACCAGUCGGACUAUAUUUCAUUCAGACAUCACAUCUAUGAAAAGCACGGAGGUCCAAAAUCAAUUGAGCUGAAAGAGGUUGGUCCUCGAUUUGAACUACGGCUUUACCAGAUAAAACUAGGAACGAUGGAUCAGGAUGAAGCUCAAACCGAGUGGAUCAUAAGGCCUUACAUGAACACAUCCAAAAAACAGAAGCUUCUAGGGGACUGAAGAUGCAGAAUAGAAACUUUAAAGCCCCAAGCAUUAACAGAAGUUGAUAUCAAAUAAUUUUGUUAGCGAGAAAACAUCACAGAGCAAGAUAUGUGUUUGAUCAUGGAAUCGCAGGAGCUAUUUAUCUUAGAGCAAUAUUUGACGUAAUUGCCGCUUGUGGUUCCAUAGAGAGGAGAUGCUGUAAAGUCUGUGCCUCUGUGUGGGGGUGAAAAACCGAACUCUCUUUGUUUCAAGUAGUCAGUUGGUAUUUGGUAUUUCCCUUCAACUUGGAAUAUGAUGUAAUGAAUAAUAUGCUAGUUUUUUUUAAUUUCAAAAUUGAUUUAUAUGACUCUUC